GCCAUUUUGUAGGCUGGAGGAAUCAAAAUAUCAGGGGAUUUUCUUUCUUUUGAACGUUACCUUCAGCAGAACCGACCAGUUUGAUCGUACCUCAAGUAAAUAACUAUUUGAAGAUUUUUCUUUAUUAGAUUUAGUCCAUAUAAAGGGUUUAUUAUCCUCUUACUACUUCAGAUAGUUCUACCGGCUCAAGUCCUGUGUACUAAUCCAUGUACAAGUGAGUAUAUUCUGUUCACUGAGUUUUAAACGGUUCGAAUAGCAAGUGACAUUUGAACAAGGGUACACUUUGAACCGGAAACCUUGCUUUUAAGGUUAAUCUGAGUACCUUAAUCAAAGACUCUACAGCUGAAGAAAGAAUGGUAUGGCGCUGUGAAGAAAAUAAAAUGGCGCUUGUGGAUAGUGAUGGAACUUUCGUCCUCACGAAAUGAUAUUCUGCGGUUGUUGUUUGGGUCAACUCUUGUCUGAAGAAUUGAGGGUUUUACUCCGAUGUCUUCCACACUAGAGGAGAUUGAUGGAAAUUCUAACAUCACGAUCGAUCUUGACGAAAAGGAAUUGGAUUCAAAAUGCAGCGAGGAGGAAGUGCUUGUUAAUGGUAAUGGAUGUGAAGACGAUACAAAUUUGAAUGGCGAUACAAGCGAUAAUCGGGAUGAAAGCCAUAAUGUCAAGGCUCACAACUCGUUGUCUCCUUUAAAUGGAAUUACACGCGGAGGAGAUCAAGAGGUAAACUUUAUUUUAGCAGAAUAUGAGCACCCCAAAGGCGAACUUUCUAAAUUGCAGACGGAUUACAGAUUGUCUUUGGAACGUGAGAAGAGUUUGUGUGAAAAACUGAAAGAUUAUCAUGCAAAAGAGGACUCAAGUGGUGAAGACUUGAGCAGGAUAAACGAAGACUUGAGGAAAAAUUUAGACGCAGUUCUUGAGGAGUUAAUAUCCUCAAAGGACGAGCUUAAAAGAGUUAAGGAUAAGAAUGAUCAACUGGAGAAAGAACAGAGUAAUCUAAAUGCAGAAGUAUCCAGGUUACAAGUUAGUGGAAAUGAGGAAAGUGAAACACUUAGAAAGGCUAAUCAGGAAUUGGAACAAAAACUUCAAGAAAAGACUGAAGAGUUUGAUGCUUCAAAAGAGAAACUCCAUGCUCAUGAUCAGGCUGCAAAGAGAGCUAUUGCAGCUUUGCAAAAAGAAAUGGCUCUUAGAGUUGAUCAGGUGACAAAGAUGUAUGAGGAUGUACUCAAGGAUAAAGAUAACAUGGGAACUAAAUUAAUUCAAGGAGAGGAAGAAAAGAAGAAACUGGCUAGAGAGAAUGAACUACUGGCAAGAAAAGUUUCUGAAAAUACAAAGGAAAUAGAGAAGUUCCGCCAGAAACUGAAGACAAUGCAGACAGAUCAUGCUAAGUUACAGACGGCAUAUGAUGACAGGGGAAAGGAACUAAAUGCUAUUUUGAGGGAAUCAGACAAGCUUACAGAGGAAGUGAAUUCACAAGCAGUGAAAGUCAAGUGGGCACAGAACAAACUUAAAACAGAAUUAGAGACACAUAAGGAAACAAAAGCCAAACUUGCACAAGUAACACAGAAACUCAAAGAAUCCAGAGAAGAAGGUCUUCAGAUCAGGGCUGACUGUCAGGCUAUGAUAAAACAGUAUCAGGAAUCAGAAGAAAUGAGAUCAAAUUCUUUGGACAGCAAACUCAAAGCAAAAGAAGUUGAACUCAAAAGGCAUGAGCAAGAAAUUGCAGACCAGGAUGAGGUUCACAAAAUGAAAGUCCAGGAAUUAGAGACAUGGAAAGAGCAGUGCAAGAAAAGUAAAGAAGAAGCAAAGGUCAUCAAAGAAAAGAUAAGUGAGUUAGAGGAAAAAAUCACACAGUAUGCACUUAAGGUGGCAGAACAUGAAAAGAGUGCCCUAAUGAAUAUAAAGGAGCAGCAGAAUCUUAAGAAAGAGCUUGAAGAGUGUCAACUGUACAAGGCAAAGUAUGAGAGUGAAGUAGAGAUGGUGAAGCAAUUAACAUCUGUGGAGAGUGAACAGAAGAAGACAAUUGCUGACUUAGAAGCCGACAUUUUAGCUUGUCAUACCAAAGAAUCAGAACUAUUAGCAUUCUCAGAGAAAAUGACUGCUAAAAACGCUGAGCUUCAAUCUACAAUCAGUGGCACCUUAUCUAAGCUUGAUGCCAUUCUUCUUGACAAAUCGAAAUUGGAAGAACAGUUUGAGGAAGUGGAUAAGACAAGAAAGGCACUGAGAGAAGAAUUGAAGGAGAAGACCUUAGAAUAUGAAAGUGAAAUUGGAUCUCUGAAAGGUCGUUUGGAAGAGAAAUCAAAAGCUGUGUCAGACCUUGCUGCCUCCUUAGAGGAAUCAAAAGAUGAACUUCAGGUGGUGAAGAGAAAAAACACAGCCCUUAUAAAGGAUCUAACUAGACAGUUGCAACAAUCAAGAAAACAAGUAGAGAAGCUAGAAUCGAAUAAUCUGGAAUCCAAGGAAAAUCUGAGUGAGGAAUCAAAAUCUUCAUCCACCAAUUCUCUGGAUAAAAUAGGCAGCACCUGUACAACUCCCACAUCACUUUCAUCUCCUACCUCGGGCACCUGUACCACCGAUGGAGGGUGGGUUGUAGUCAAUGGAUCCCAGUCAUCGGUAGACCGGGCUUCACUGGAUGUGUCCAAUGGUGACAAUGUACAGAUUUUAGGGCAGAAGGAGCUCCGCACAAACUCAGAGCUUGAGCCCAACAAAGCAGUACUUGUGGAACGUAUCUGUAGACUGCAGAAGAUCCACGCUAAAAAGAACGAGAAGCUAGAGUUCAUGGAAGGACAUGUGGCAGCCCUGGUUGAAGAGAUUCAAAAGAAAAGCAAAAUUAUUCACUACUAUGUGCUCCGAGAGCAAGCCGGAACACUUGCGCCACCUACGUCAGAUCUGCAUAAGGAUGACAAGGACGGAUCCUGUAAGCGCCCCUCCUCCCCAUUCCUCGCGCGGAAUAACUCACAGGCCCAAGUGUCUCGUCACGGCGGAAUCAUGGCCUCUGUUUACUCGUCCAAAGCCGUCGACCCAGACAUGACUCUAGAACUGUCUCUCGAAAUCAACAAGAAACUUCAAGCAGUACUAGAGGACACAAUUCUCAAAAACAUUACUCUAAAAGAAAAUCUUGACACCCUGGGAGACGAGAUAACAAGACUUAAUGAAGAACUGCAAAAGAUAAGGAGAAGUAAAAGAACUUGAUGUGGCGAAACGCUAAAUGAAGAAUGAUGGACUGGAACCCAACAGGAGAUCUUGUAUCAUCAGAUCUGCUUUUAAGCGUUAUUCAUAAUUAUUGGAUUUAUCUGAAUUUAUAUCUGGCUGAUUACGGGAAGGAAACUUUUAUGAAACACUUUCGUUACGCUCCAGUAGAAUCCACGCUAGGACUGCGUAAAAUGCGUCACAUGUCACCAGAAAGCUUUAAAUACCAAAAAAAUAAGAAUUAUAAAGUUGGAAUUGAAAUUAUAUUUAUGGUAUUCGAAUAGAAAAAGAAAACUUAACGGUGUGGUGUGUGGUCGAGACGUAUUAGAAGAAAAAGCAGUGCAAGCAAGAGGAUAAUCUCGGCCAAAAAGUGACUUACUCUUUGUUAUGUUAGAUUCAGUAAAAUUAAUUUUUUGUUUAUUUUAAUGUAAGACUAACAUAAAAUCAGUAUCCAAAAAGAUUAUGAAAGGAAAAGAAGUUCAUAGUAUUUUUAUCUUUCUUGUCGGAAGAUAGCGAAGUUAUUUUGUCUCUAGAGGUGUAGGAGCGUCUGUAACAAAUAGGGCAGCUUUCAUAUUGGCACCCACCAUUAGCGUUAGAACUUCUUUUAAUGUCUGACCUUUUGUUUUUUGUUUUGUUUAUGUUUAGAAAGUCACAUCGUAGGGAGGUAAAUUAUCACGCACUUCACCCUUCACACUCUGCUUAAAUAUGGGUCAUGGGUAUGUUAAAGUUGAUGUAAAUGGAACGUCCAGGAAAUUAUAAUGGAUAAAGAAAAUUUUAAAUUACAUUGUUUAAUUAACAGGUUAGAAUGUGUAUAAUAUGUAUAUAAAGGCUUUGCGAAU